AUGAAGUUGAACAUCAGCUACCCUGCCAAUGGCAGCCAGAAGCUCAUCGAGAUUGAGGAUGAGCGCAAGCUCCGUGUCUUCAUGGAGAAGCGCAUGGGCGCUGAGGUCCCCGGUGACUCCAUCGGCGACGAGUUCAAGGGCUACAUCUUCCGCAUCACCGGCGGCAACGACAAGCAGGGUUUCCCCAUGAAGCAGGGUGUCAUGCACCCUACCCGUGUCCGCCUCCUCCUCUCCGACGGCCACUCCUGCUACCGCCCCCGACGCACCGGCGAGCGCAAGCGCAAGUCUGUCCGUGGCUGCAUCGUCGGCAUGGACCUUUCCGUCCUCGCCCUCAGCGUCGUCAAGCAGGGUGAUGCCGACAUCCCCGGCCUGACCGACGUCGUCCACCCCAAGCGCCUCGGCCCCAAGCGCGCCACCAAGAUCCGCAAGUUCUUCGGCCUCACCAAGGAUGACGAUGUCCGCAAGUACGUUAUCCGACGAGAGGUCCAGCCCAAGGGUGAGGGCAAGGCCACCUACACCAAGGCCCCCCGCAUCCAGAGGCUGGUCACCCCCCAGCGUCUCCAGCACAAGCGCCACCGUGCCGCCCUCAAGCGGCGCCAGGCCGAGAAGGUCAAGGACGAGGCCAACGAGUACGCCCAGGUCCUGGCCAAGCGUGUGGCCGAGGCCAAGGCCCACAAGGCCGAUGCCCGCAAGCGACGAGCAAGCUCUAUGCGCAAGUAA